AGAGAACCCCGUGGAAUUAUCUGGGGUUCCGUCUUAUUGAUUGUUUCUAAGCGACUUGGAUAUUCCCAAAAAUGGGUUUCUUCACAAAAGUUGAGGAUCGGCCGACACCGGCGAGUGUCUACAAUUGGCGUGUGUAUGCUAUUGCAGCCGUCGCUGGUUCCGCCGCUGUCAUGAUCGGCUACGAUAGGUAUGUUUUCCAAAUCAAUGGAGUUUUUUCAGUAUUCUUCGUUAACGCCAAAUCGACAGUGCUUUCAUCGGCGGCACAAUUGCUCUCCCAUCUUUCCAACGGGAAUUUGAGUUCGCAAAGCUCUCAAAACCCAAAGUUGAUUUGCUAAACGCCAACAUCGUCUCCUGUUACCAAGCAGGUGCUUUCUUUGGAGCUCUUGGUGCAUAUGCAGCUGCCUUUUCACUUGGUAGAGCCCGUGGGCUCGCUCUCUUCAGUGCUAUCUUCGUUCUUGGUUCCGGAUUGAUGCUUGGUGCAAAUCGAGAGCGUGGACUUGCCCUGAUGUACGUCGGUCGUGCACUGGCAGGUAUUGGAGUUGGUGGGUGUAGUAAUAUCGCACCUAUUUACAUUUCCGAGAUUAGCCCUCCAGCCAUCAGAGGUGCAUUGGUAUGCCUGUUUGAAUUGGGAUGGCAAAUCGGUGGUCUAGUCGGUUUCUGGAUCAAUUAUGGAAUUGCAGAAACUCUCCCUUCGAACAAAGCUCAAUGGUUGAUACCAUUUGCCGUUCAACUUAUUCCCUCUGGUCUUUUGUUUGCGGGUAGCUUCUGGCUUCACGAGUCGCCUAGAUAUCUGAUGUCCAAGGGAAAGCGUGAGCAAGCUAUCAAGAACCUCUGCUGGAUUCGACAACUUGAUGACGACCAUGUCUAUAUUAAAGAGGAGAUGUACGCAAUUGACCAAAAUAUCGAACGUCAAAUGAUUGAUGGUGGCAUGGGCUUCUGGCAGCCAUUCAAGCUUUUGGCUACUAGCAAACGCAUCCAAUGGCGAUUCUUCCUCGGAGGUUCUCUCUUUUUCUGGCAAAAUACUUCUGGGAUCAACGCUAUUAACUAUUACUCACCCACCGUCUUCAGGAGUAUUGGCAUCGUCGGGACUAAUACUGGCCUUUUCACAACCGGUCUCUUUGGUGUCGUAAAGACAGUUUUCACUCUCAUCUAUCUCUUCUUCCUUGUUGAUUCUUUUGGACGAAGAAGAUUGUUGAUGAUUGGUGCUAUCGGCGGCUCUCUAUGUCUAUGGUACGUUGGGGGAUACAUCGCAAUCGCUAAACCCUCCCAAAAUUCAAAUGCCAAACUCUCAAGCGGCGGCAUUUCAGCAGUUUUCUUCUUCUACUUGUGGACAGUAAGUUUUUCCCAUUCAUGCUCACCACUUGGAGACUACUAACAGCCCCAGGCAUUUUACUCUCCAACCUGGAACCCCACACCUUGGGUUCUCAACUCAGAGAUGUUCGACUCCAACGUUCGAGGUCUGGGUCUCGCAUUCGCAGCAGCCAACAACUGGCUCUGGAACUUCAUUGUUGCGCGUUUCACGCCGCAGAUGUUUACCGCUAUGGGAUAUGGAGUUUACUUCUUUUUCGCGGCUUUGAUGAUCCUUUCUGCUAUCUUCGUAUACUUCCUUAUUCCCGAGACGAAGAACAUUCCCCUGGAAGCUAUUGAUAGGCUAUUUGAGAUGAAAUUGAAGGCGAGCGAGGCACAUGAGAUUGUGUGGAGAGAAUUGGAAGAGGAGGAGGAGGCGCUGAGAGCGGGAAUUGAGGGGGGCUUAGAGAAGGAGAUGGGUGUUAGGGUUGAGGUUGCGUAA